GGCCGCGAACCUUAUCGACUUGCUAAUGAGCAAGAAAAUGACUUUAGUAGCAAUAUGGCGUUGUCUGUGUGCAUACGUGCGGUGCGCAGGAGUUGCGUCGCGCGGGCUGUGACUGCUGUGAGACUAUCCACGCACUCCGAGCCGUCCUUGCAGAAUGGCGCGAAAGUCGCGGCAUUUCCCGGUGCCAAGGCGCCGUACGUCAACGAGAUGAAGAUCUUGAACGAGAACAGCUACGAUCCGAUCCCGAUUUACCGGGUAAUGGAUAGCAACGGGGAUAUCAUUGAUAGCAGGGAGGAGCCCGAUAUCGAUAGAGAGACGUUGAUCAACAUGUACAAAACCAUGGUACAGAUGAAUCAGAUGGACAAAAUUUUGUACGAGUCUCAAAGGCAAGGUCGCAUCUCCUUCUACAUGACCAACUACGGCGAAGAAGGUAUCCACGUGGGUAGCGCUGCUGCCCUCACUCCCAAGGACCUGGUGUAUGCCCAGUACCGGGAGCUGGGGGUGCUGCUGUUCAGGGGGAUGACGGUGUCGGAGCUGAUCAACCAGUGCUACGGCAACCACGAGGACCCCGGCAAAGGGAGACAGAUGCCCGUCCACUACGGCAGCAAGCAGCGCAAUAUUGUUACCAUCUCCAGCCCAUUAGCAACCCAAAUGCCCCAGGCUGUAGGAGCAGCGUACGCGUUCAAGCGAUCCGCUGACAGGGAUAGGGUGGUGAUCUGCUACUUCGGCGAGGGCGCCGCUUCGGAGGGUGACGCGCACGCCGCCCUCAACUUCGCCGCUACCCUCGAGUGCCCAGUUAUUUUGUUCUGUAGAAACAACGGCUACGCGAUUUCCACACCCAGUCGGGAACAGUACCGCGGGGACGGUAUAGCGGCGCGGGGCCCGGCGCUCGGCCUCCACACCAUCAGGGUCGACGGCACUGACGCGCUGGCGGUGUAUAACGCCACCGCCCGGGCGAGGGAACUGGCGCUGCAGAACAAGCCCGUGCUGAUUGAGGCUAUGUCGUACAGAGUUGGUCACCACUCUACUUCCGACGACAGCACUGCCUACCGACCGCUAGAGGAAAUACAGCAAUGGUCCAAAGACGAGAAUUCCAUACAGAAGCUAAGGCUAUAUUUGGAAAGAAAAGGAUUAUGGUCGGAAGAAGCUGAGAAGGCGGCGGCGAAGGACGCUCGAGAUCUGGUGAUGAGGACCAUGCAAAAUGCCGAGAAGAAGAAAAAACCACACUGGAAGGAAAUGCUUGAAGACGUUUAUUACGACAUGCCGCCACAUAUACAGAAACAAAUGAAGCAAAUGGAGGAGCAUUUAAAGAAAUACGGCGACAAAUACCCGAUGGAUCAGUAUCAGAACGAAUAAAUAGUUAUUUUUAUUAAA